CUGUACUCAACGGCAGCGACGGAGAGUGAAUACCUCGACGCGGCACUAGUCGUGAUGAUGUGGUACCUUUACGGUCGAAGUUCGGACGCGGAAACAGUCGAGAAGAGCCAGCUAUCCAUCUUGCCUGGUGGAGUCUUAUUUCUUCGAUUUAAGCGGGUUAAAACAGCUUUACUACAAGGCAUCUCCUUAUUCAAGGACCCAACGAAUUUCUUGACAUGUCCUCUGCAAGCUUUGGCUGUGGCGCUGGUUAUGCAGAAGGCACCAAGCCAGCGCAUGUUCCCUCAGUUCAUCGCCAAAAAGCACAGAUCAGAUGAUAUUGAUGAUGUACAGGAGCUUACACUGAUCGAACUACUGGAAGUUGAUGAUGACCAGCGUUCUAUGGAGGAAUCUGAAGCACCUUCGACAAAGCGGGCAGUUCCUGGUGCACAAGCAUACGUCAACAGGUUGCUGAUUAGAGUUAAGAAGCUCGCCGAUUUGCGAUGGAUUCGGAUGACACCGGAGCUUACCUCCCAUUCCUUUCGACGUGGUGGGGCCAUGCAUGCCAACGACGGUACCUUGGCCGAGAACUGGAUUAUUGAGCGUGGCGGCUGGCAGUUGGACCGCGUCAACAAGGCCUUCGGGUACAUGCUUGGUACAACAAGCCGACCAAAAGGUGUCCCGCGUCCUGAGUGGCUGGAAGCCCAAGGACGGCGCACGGCUACCAACACUAGCCGCUCUGGACACGCCAGCCUUGGUCCGCGCUCGCAAGUUGCAGCAGCUUCUCUUUUCCAGCACGAUGGCGUUCGCUGA